CGGCCGCCGCCUCAGCCCGGCGCACGCGCAGCCAGGGCGGCCGCGGGGGGGCGGGCGCGCGCCCCCCGUUGCCAGGCGACGGCGGGACGCCCCGGCCGCGGGGACGGGGCCGCAUGAGGCGGGGAACGGGCGCGGAGGCGGCGGCGGGAUGGCGGGACCCGGCCGCGGCCCUCGGCGACACCGGCCCCGGCCCCGAGGAACGAAUCGCCGCCCGCCGGCGCCGCAUCGCCGCCCGCCUCCGUGCCAAGCGCCGGGAGGCCCUCGGAGAAGAUGAAGAGCCAAAGGUGGCUGAGGAGGAGGAAGAGCAGAGAAGGAGCCAUAAGCAGAUGGAGGAGAGCAGGCAGAGGCUGGCCAAGCUGCUCUUUGAUGGCACGCAGAUGGUGACAAACAUCCAGGUGGCUGCUGACUUUAGGGAAACGCAGAGGAGGGCAGAGGAGGCAGAGCUGAAGCUGCAGAGGGCGGAGAAGCUGGAUCAGGAAGCCACGUCUAGUACAUACAAGUUUGUGGAGAUCACCUCCAAGUGGGCCUUGGCCGAGGAGAUGAAGAUCCCGCAGGAGCUGUGGCAGCUGCUGAACCAACAGCAGCAGCAGUGCGCGCUGCUUCUGGAGGAGAAGAACAAGCUCAUCAGCGACCUGCAGCAGGAGCUGAAAAACAAAGACGAGCAAUACGUGCAGGCCAUUAAGAAGCAGUCUGAUGACAUUCACCUGCUUUUGGAGAGAAUGGAGGAACAGAUCAGGCUCGUGCUGAAAACCUACCGUCACAAGCUCCUGCAGAUUGAGAAAGCCUUUGAGCUCGAACGGCAAGAGCUGCUGGACAACAACAGGAAGAAGUGGGAGGAAGGAAUCCAGGCCCACAACACACAGGAGAUGGAAUACCUCCGUGGCCGUAUGAGGAAGGUGGAAGAGUUUGAGAAACAGCUGAAUCAGCUGCGGGUGCAGGAUGAGGAGGAGUAUAACAGCAUGAAGAUCCGGCUGGAGUACGAUGUGGAGAACCUGGAGAGGCAGCUCCAGCAGUUCAAAGCCAUCUAUCAGCUGAACCAGGAGAAGCUGGAUUACAGCCUUCAGGUGCUUAAGAAGCAGGAUGAGGAGAACACCAUCAUGAGAUCCCAGCAGAGGAGGAAGCUCAACCGGCUCCACAGCUUGCUCAAUAACCUGAAAACAAAACUGGCCAACCAAGAGAAGCAGUUCAGAGAGGAGAACCAGAGCCUGGCAGCUGACUGCGAGCGCAUCACAGGGCAGUGCAAGGAGGUGAAGAGGAGCAUGAGGCACUUUGCUGUCAGUGAUGCCGAGAAGUUCACGGAGGUCUGGCUUAUGAACGAGGAGGAAGCCAAAGGGCUGAUGAGAAAAGCCCUGGAUGCAGAUCGCAUCAUUCACACCCAGCAACUGGGGCUGCCCUGGGAAGAGCCCCGUUACUGGUUCCUGAACAACGUUGGCCCCCUCAAGCGUUACAAGGCGAAGAGGACGGCAACCAAGCUGGCUGCGGAGGUCCUGACAGAGAGCAGCUCUGGAGGACAGGGGGAGGAAGGGAGAGAGAAGGAGAAGGAAGAAGCAGGCAGCAGAGAAGGAGGAAAAGAAAAGACAGCGAAGGUUGAGGACAGAGUCACACAGCUGCGAAAUAUCUCCAAGAAGACUGCCAAGAGGAUCCUGGAGCUCCUGAGCGACGAGUCGGGUUUCCUCAUUGAGAACAAGCUGCUGAAGCCCCUGAACGCCCUGGGAAGGCAAGAGCGCACCAUCAUGAAGCUCGACUCCAUCUUUGCGGCCCUCGGGAUCGACAGUGAGGAUGACCUGUACCAGCUGGUGGAUUUUUUCCAGAAGUACAAUGCUCAGGAGGUGGCUGUCAGCCAGAGCCAGGGCAGCCCGGGUGGAGAAGAUGUCACGGAUCUGCCUGAGGACAGAGAAGACGGUGGAUCUGGUGCCCAGAGGGACGAGCUCAAAUCCCCUGGGACCUCGCAGGGCUCCCUUCCGUCUGUGUACAUCCACGCCGAUGAUGUCCUAAAGAUCCUGAAAGCAUUUAUGCGGGAUUUUGACAAGCCGAGGGAGAAGGACGGGUCAGCAAAGGAGGUGCUACAGGUACGGGACAGCUCGGAGGAUGGCGAGUACUGGGAAGCCCUGGCACACGUUAUCCCCGAGCCGACGCUGAAGCUGUGGGAUGCGCUGGCAGUGGCACUGGAGGAAUAUUACGAGGUCCUGACGCGGAGGGCCAGCCUGCUGGCCGAAGCAGCCCUCCUGCACCAGCAGAACUCGGAGCUGUACCUGCUGCUGGAGGAGUACGUCAGCGCGGGGGUGAACAACAAGCUGUUCUCCCCUCCCACGCAGUGGAUGGACCUGGACGUGUCCUACCCCGGGGGUGUGCGAGCUGAAGUCAGACAGAAGCCUUCACCUUCCGCAGGCCAGCGUCCCCACCGUCCCUAGGCAUCCUGGCUUCGGCAGAGCCCACCUUUCUUUAACUGAUUUUACACCUUAUUCCACUUUUUUCUUUCCCAACGCUUUUUCUCCCUGCUGGGAUCCUCCCAAACAAUCCCCACCCAAUUACUUUUCCCUCAUCGGUCCCCGGGCUGCUAAAUCCGUACCUAAAUUUUACAUUUCCGAGGCACCAUCAGCCCAAAGCGGUGCUACAGGCAGAGUUGUCUCCAGGAGGGGCCGCGUCCCAUCCAUGACUCCCUUCCACCCUUCUGCUUCACACCAGUUCUAUCUCAUUCCCAGUACGGGCUCCCUGGCCAGCUUUAUCUGUAGCCUUGACUCCCCUGCCUCACGCUAUGUUUCUCAUACCAGAGCAGAAUAACACCAUUUUUUUUGCUCCCUGGGUAUCUGUGCCCUUGAAUAGUUUUCACUUUUCUCCCAGUCCCUAUCAGGGCCCCUGCCCAGCUUCGGGGACGGGCGCUCCCGCGGGACGGCUCGCUCCCUGUACCCCUGGGGUACAGCGGGAUCCACAGGGCAGAAAUGCCAAC